CGUAAUUAGGUUACGUUAGAAAGGUCUAGUAAGCGCUAACAGUAUAAAAUAAUAGUAUCAUACUGUUUUCUAUAGAAAGCAAGGGACAUUUUUGAAUAAUUAUCGUGUUAACGUCAAGUUUUCAAGUCAGAUAGAUAUCUAAUCGAAUUACAUCCUCGCUUCGCUUAGGUAAAUAUCAAAUAGUAAAAAUACACGUACCGAAAUUGUGUAUUCGGAAUUAACAUAGCUGUGAAAUAAAAUGGCGGAAAGAGCAGGUUACGACCAACCCGGUGAUUUCUACACAGACAAAAAUACCAGUUACGGGGAAGAUGCACCCCCGCCCUAUCAACCAGGGCCAAAACAAACUGGUUAUCCAUCACAACAACCGGGUAAUGUCGAACAACCCUACAUCAGUGCCAGCACCACCCUGCUUGUUAAUCAACCGCAGGCCGAGACAGUGAUCAUUAAGCCACGCCCCCCAGAUCGCAUGGUGGACUCCAUACUUGUAUUCCUCUGCUGCUUCUGGCCCACAGGCAUUUACGCUAUCUAUUAUGCAAACAAGGCUAACCGUCUUGCGAGAGCAGGUGAUUACGAGGGAGCGAGAUGGAUGUCGGACACCGCCCGGAAGUUUAUAAUUUUAAGUAUGUUCGUCGGAUUUACAUUGAUCAUUUUUGGUACUUUUUAUGCACGACAGCACUAUAUCAAGAACAACUAGACAGAGAUUCAGGCUAUAUCGUCAUGGACCAUUCACAGAAUGAUGCUAGCUUUGACUUUUUCAUAUGAAGGAUGCAUAAACAUUGUAUGUGUGUGCAUAUAGCAUUACGUGUGUAAAUACUGAUACUUCUGUCCUAGGGUUAUAUAGGUAAAAGGGACAUUAUCAAUCAAACAAAGUUGAGAUGAGAAAUAUUGCCAUAUUGAACAUGCCAACCGGUAUAAAAACGACUUGUAGUUUUAGUUCAUGUAUAAAGUUAUUGAAAAAAGUGUUCUUCAAUAUUUGUAACUUUACAUUUUAUUUUGUUGUUAUGAACUAACCUACAUCAUCUAGAAGAAUUGACAUGGUAUCUUAUUUACCUCAGGUGACUCUUUUAAUGAGACUGACAAAAUGCUUUCAGGACAUACACUUAAGGCAAUUUUUAAAAUGAAUAAAUAUCUUUACAAGUUUACAGAUAUAGGGCCAAAACAUAUAAAUAGAUUGGCUGUUGAGACUGGUAGAUGGAGCCGUCCAAAUAAUAUACCUUAUGAAAACAGAAUUUGUACUAACUGUCACAUAUUAGAGGAUGAGUAUCAUUUUGUCAUUGAAUGUCAGGAGUUUGUAGAUUUAAGAAAUCAGCAUAUCAGGAAGUAUUUCUGGCACCAUCCAAGUUAUUUUAAUUUUUUGCAAUUAUUUAUUAAUGAAAAUAGUAAAGAUACUCGUAAUGUAUGCUACAUUAUAGGGUCUAACUGAAUUAUCAAUCACUUAACACUAAUGUAAUAUAUGUUUACAAAGUGUUACUAAGAUGUUUUAUUUUUUUGUGUUUUUGUUAACUUAUUGCUUACUAAUGUUUAUCUUAUAAGCCCUUGCUUUUUACAUGUGAUUAGGUGUGUCAAUGUUCAGUAUGAUUAUGAGAUAAAAUAAUUUGGGGAGUUAAAUGAAAUCGGUAUGUUAAAAGACCUGCUCCAGUCCACUGGCGCCAGAUCAGAAAGAAAUGCCUCUGUACAUGUUAUACCCUACCCCUAGAUAUUCUAUAAGAACCAUGGUCGUGAACGGGAAAAUAUACUAACCCAUUUCAAUCGCGUAUUUCAUAUCUAAAACACGCAGUUCAGUAAAUGUGUACUAUUGAUAUUAAACAAGUGGUAAUUUAUCUUCCGUUGUGUACCGGUCACAUUUCUUCAAUAGUUCUUAUCUUAGAAAAACAACGUGUAGUUUACAGUUUUUUCACAGGUACACAAAAAACUUGCUUGAACUUCCCUGGUGAAGUUCCGUUCUAGAUUAUAGACACACUCUGAUUGGCUGAUGUGAAAAUGUAUGUCAGUCGUCAUUUUACUACACGUGUACGCUAAAAUGUUUAUAUGUAGCAUAAAUGUGCAAAAUGAAUUAAAUAAACAGAAUUGAUGUAUAACUUUGUAUGAUUUCAAAUUCAAAACCAUAUACAACAUGAAUUUCAUUCAUCAUUUCGAGUCUUUUCGUAAAACUGUGAAUAUAUUGCAUUCUGUUUUUGUUUGUUUACAUUUCGCUUAACAUGUGCAUACUGUCGUGACCUCUAGACCGGAUGUUCAUUAGGGAAGUUCACGCAAGUUUUUUCUGUAACGUUGACUAAAGCAUAAACUAUACGGAGCAUCUCUGCAACAUGGAAUAUUGAGACAAGGUGACUGGUGCACGAUUGAAGAUAAAUUAUCGCUUGUUUAAUAUCAGUAGUACACAUUUACUGACCUGCGUGUUUUAGGUAUGAAAUACGCGAUUGAAAUGGGUUAGUAUAUUUUCCCGUUCAUGACCAUGGUUCUUAUAGAAUACCUAGGGGUAGGGUGUAACACGUACGGAGGCAUUUUCUUUCUGAUCUGGUGCCAGUGCUCCAGUCCUACCUUUCAACCUUAAAUUGUCACUGAAAAAGCAUGAAAAUCCUGAUUAUGAACAGAGUCUAUUUUAUAUAAAAUUCUAUAUAAAAUACCUGUGGUUUUGCGUGCUAAAGUGUUGCGCGUGGCCAUUAACUGUUACCUAUUAUAAUCAUGAGUUGCAUAUACAAGAGUUACAAUAGAAUUUGAAUAGCCGCGGAGCAAGGCUUUAAGACAGUCAAACUUAAAAAUAUGUAGAUCUACUGCGUUAGUCACGCAGAACCAGUGCAAAUAAGCUUUUUACAUUUUAGACGCUACUUUCUGUGUGGUGUGUAGAAACAUGUCCCUUGAAUACAAUUGUAUUAUAGUGCAACCUAAACGCAUUCAAAAAUGGAACGAUUUUAUUUUUUCACCAUGUCUUUCCUUUUUAUGUUUUGCAACUAUAUACUUGCAUUUUAUUUGGCCUGGCGGGGCAUGGUUUCGCGACGGUCUACUACAUUUUAGUGCAGGGUAUGUACUAUGUAGUACAUGUAACCAAUGUAGCGUUGAAUUUUAAUCGUUGGUUACCGAAGAUUACGGAGUGAAGCAAUUAUAUUUCUCUACCUAUUUUGCUCGUUUUUUGAGAUUACCAUUAUUUGCAUAUGUCAGAGAUUAACUCCGCCCCGCCAGGUCAAAUAAAACGGACUAUAGUAUCUUUCCAUUUUUCCAUGCAUAAUUAGGUCAAGAAAAUAUAGGCCUAUAUCAAAAUAUAUGAAAUAAAUGAGAUUGUAAAUUA